AUGGAUAAAAAAAGAAUUCGCCUCGACAGUGCUCAGCCGGGAACAGUGUUCUUCCGAGAACAAGCGGAAACGCCGCCACCUCCGCUACUAUCACCACGCACUGGGCCUUUUUUCACCCGUCAACCAAAGUUGUUAUCUGAGGUUCAACAACAAGAUUGUGCAAGUAUACCAGGACAAGAAAGUUCACCAGCAGGAAAUCUCCCCAUGCAUGUUUUACAGCAUUAUCGUGAUGAGGAGAAAGUACCCAUGUUUUUGAUGAAGAUGUGGAAUAUUUUGGAAGAUCCCUCAUUUCGUAAUAUCAUUUGCUGGGACAAGAGUGGAUACAGUUUCCAUAUUCUCGAUCCCCACUUAUUCUGUCGAGUAGUCUUGCCGCAGUUUUUCAAGCACAACAAUUUGAAUAGUCUUAUAAGACAGCUAAAUAUGUAUGGUUUUCGUAAAAUGACACCGAUUGAAAAGUCAAGUUUGACGCGAUCUGAAAGUGAUCAAGAUCAUUUGGAAUUUUCACAUCCGAAUUUCAUCCAACAGCAUCCCGACUUAUUAGUGAACAUAAAGCGGAAAACACCGGGUAGUAGAAAUAACGAGAAUAAUGCAGUGACAGUGUCUUCCAAAGAAAUAAAUUACAUAGUAGAUGAAAUAAGACAGUUGCGUGAUAAGCAGAGGACGAUGGAAAAUAAAAUGGCACAUCUUGUGAAGGAGAAUGAGUCAAUGUGGCAACAAGUAUCGCACCUUCGAAAUCAGCACGUGAAGCAGCAACAUGUUGUCCACAAAUUAGUCCAGUUUUUGGUUGCUCUCGUGCAACCAUCGCAAAAGCCCCUUAAGAAGCGAAAUCUAUUAGCAAUCGAUGAAAUCAAUACUAAACGAGGAAGACUGACACCUAGUAGUUCAUCGCAGUCAAGUCAGCCGCCCAGUAAUUUGGCCGAAAUCAUUGAUCGACUUCAGCGUGAAAUCUUUGAUAAUGAACCAGUGCAAACAAAACAAAAUUCGACAUUUAUACCACAUUCUGAUCAAGGUCCAAUUAUCGCGGAUGUGACAGAUGAACCGGAAAGUAGCAUGGCUGCAAGUUCAUCAGCACCAACUGCAGUGGUCUCGGUUACGGGUUCUACAGGUUCACAGCCUACUAGUUUAGCUCAAAUCCCGACGAAUUCUGCAAUACUUCUUAAUCCAAUCUCAAUGUCUCCAUCGUUGGAUAGGCAGAUAUCAGAAGAGUUAGCAGAGUAUCUAAAUGGACAAGAACAGACUAUUGACAACUGUCGUGAUAUCCUUGGGAAUUUCUGGGAUAGUAUUUUGACUGAUGGAGUAUCUGAUGAAGCAACUGACCAACGGCCCUUAAUGCUUGAAGGAGGUGAUCCAUUACUGGCAUUGGAUGAACCACCAAACACACCAGAUUUACUAACACCAUCGACAAGUCCGUAUCAUAGCAGUAAUUAA